UCAGCUGUUGAUCACAAGGAAAAUGCGAUCGAAAGCAAUUUAUUGUUGUAUUUGUUCGAAUCACACUAACAAAUGGAUUGAUGGAGAAAAGGUGACAAUGCACCGAUUCACGCUGAAUCAAAAUCUACAAAAGAUUUGGUUAAGUCGAUGUAAGUUAAUAAGAUCAGACUUUAGAUUUACAAGUUACAAUUCAACGAGAAUAUGUGGACAUCACUUUGUUGGAAACAAAGGUCCGACGAAAAUUGCUAAUCUGCCAUCUAUUUUCCCAACAAGAAUAUUCAAGAUAACGCAUUAUUCACCAGAUGUUUCAACUGCCGAGUUAGAAAUUCCAGAGAAUGCUGACAUGCAUGUACACAAAACUACUGAAGAGGAUCUCAUUGAAGGUGCUGUCAGUUCUAGUGGGAAUGGAUCAGAUGAAGAUACGUGUCAUCGGCGAAACUCUGAAAGUAAUGACGUAUUUCACCCGGCUCUCGAGGUAUAUAAGGCGAUAUCUAAGUCGCUUCCGGCAGAUUCCGAAGACGGCAACAACAGACUGGAAACCAGGAGAUUCUCAUGGAAAGCAUAG